GUGGUAGAUUUAUGUGCUGCUCCAGGGGGAAAGAGCACUCAUAUUGCUGCUAUUCUUAACAACACUGGUGUGUUAUACUCCAAUGAUAUUUCAAAAGAGAGAAUUAGCUCAUUGAAAUCGAAUCUAUCCAGAAUGGCUGUUACAAAUGCAAUAAUAACCAACGUUGAUGCCCUUCUUUUCAAUGUAGGAAAGGUUGACAGGAUACUCCUUGAUGCGCCUUGUUCAGGAACGGGUGUGAUAAGCAAGGAUCCCAGCAUAAAAACCUCAAAAUCAGUGGAGGACAUUAAGAGAGUUGUUAAGAUACAGCAAAAGCUUAUUUUACAUGCCUUUGAUAUGCUUAGAUCGGGUGGAUGUAUGGUCUAUUCUACAUGUUCUGUACUAGUGGAGGAGAAUGAGGGUGUAGUUGAUUAUUUACUUUCACAAAGAAAGAGUGCAAAGGUUGUAGACUUGAAUGUAGCCGUUGGAAGGGAAGGCUUUAUCCAUUUUAGAAACGAGAACUUCAAUGGAUCGCUUCAAAAAGCAAGAAGAAUCUACCCACAUGUUCACAACAUGGAUGGAUUCUUCUAUGUUAAAAUAUUCAAGGCUGAGUAG